AUGGACGCCGAAUUCCCAGUCCAUUUCACGGCGACGGAAACUGGUCAAGUCAAAAGAGGCGAAGGAAAAAGCCCGACCGACCGGUUAGAACAAGCAAGGAGUGACCUGAGGAAAGACAUGUUCCGGUUGAUCACGAGCCCGCACAUUCAAGUGCAACGUCCAAAGCCGCUGCAAUUCAACGGAAACACAACUCUGGCGUUUCGCGCGAUACGGAAGACGAACGAAAAGAUCCAGAAUACUGCUCCAGAACAAGUCGAACAAGUCGAGUCACUUCAAAAGAAGCUCAAACACGAUGUCCAACGUGCAGCGAUGUGUCUGGAUCCGAGCCGCAACUUCGAAGACGAGGAGGAAGGCGAAAAAGAAUCUGCUUAA